UGACAACUGUUGUUAUUUGAAUUAAUGCUUAAAUGACUGAAGUCAUGUUGUCAGUGUUGUUGAUGAUUGUGAUGUUGAUGGCUAACAGCUGCCUUUGUGUGGACCAUACCUACCACGUGAAAGAGAACAAUGAUAUAAACAGUUAUAUUGGAGAUAUUGUCACUGAUACACACUUACUGGAUAAUAUACAGUCACAGGACAAACUGACAUUUAACGUACUCCAGGGUGGCACUGAUGGAGGUGUUCAAUUGUUUAAUGUUACACCUGGAGGACAACUGCACACAGCUGCCAUAUUGGAUGCAGAAACUAUGUGCCAAUAUAAUGCGGAAUGUUUCAGGAUAUUAGAAAUAGCAGUUCAACAUGGCCAUUCUUUUAUCAAGAUAUUGGAAAUCAAAGUUAUAAUAGAAGAUGUCAAUGAUAAUUCUCCCAUGUUUCCCAACAAAGACUUUAAUAUACAGUUUGAUGAAAGUGCAACAAAAGGAAGAAAAGAAACACUUCCAAAUGCCAUUGACAAAGAUGUCAGUAUUGAGAACUCAAAAAUUUCUUAUCAACUGAGGAAUAAGCACGAAAAUAUAUUCCAGUUGUCAGUCUCAACUAUUUCUGAUAGUCAAAGUAACAUUGAAUUAAUAUUGGGUGGGAAACUUGACCGAGAGAAAAAGGAAAGUUAUGCUCUUCAACUAAUUGCUACAGAUGGAGGAUCACCAUCAAAGGAAAGUGUAUUGGACAUAAAAAUAUUAGUGAGGGAUAAAAAUGAUAAUGCUCCUGUAUUCUCUCAAAGUAUAUAUAAUGUAACAGUAAAUGAUACACACAGUAAAGAGAAGCCCAUUAUCAAAUUAAUAGCAACAGAUUUAGAUGAAGGGGAUAAUGGAAGAAUUGUGUAUAGUUUCAGCCAGGAUAUCUCAGAAAAAGACCGAAAAAAAUUCAUUUCAAAUCAAACCUCUGGAGAAAUAUAUAUAACAAACGAAUUUCAGUUUGGAAAAGUCUAUAAAUUGUUUAUUGAAGCCAGAGAUAAUGGUAAUCCUUCCAAGUUUUCUGUAGUGACUGUUGUUGUAAAUAGUAUCAGUCAUCUUAACAAUCCUCCCAAAAUUGAUGUCAAAUUUGUCUUAAAGUCAACUGGAAACACAGCUGUCAUCUCAGAAGGAACUCAAAUUCACAGUUUUGUUGCUUUUGUCAAAGUUACUGACAAUGACAAUGGAGUAAAUGGACAAGUGAAGUGUCAUUUACAAAAUAGAUAUCUUCAGCUUAUUUCAAUGUCUGAAAAGAAAUACAAAGUUGUUGUCAAGAGUGAAAUAGAUAGAGAGAGUGAGAAGAGCUUUAAUUUCACCAUUAAAUGUCAAGAUAAUGGUUUACCUCCAUUGAAAGUAGAGAAACAGUUUUCAAUGCUGGUCACUGACAUAAAUGAUGUACAACCUCAGUUUAGUCAGGACAUAUUUAAGUUUCUCACCUAUGAAAAUGAACACAAAGACUUCCCUGUUGGCUAUGUCAAUGCCACAGACCCAGAUAUUGGAGACGGAGGACAAUUAACCUAUUCUCUAUUAUCUAAUGGAAAAGAUAUUCUACCAUUUCAGAUAUCUGAUGUGGGAUUCAUUUCCACAACUGAGUCCCUAGACAGAGAAGAAAAGAACCUGUAUGAGUUUAAGGUUUUAGUAAAAGAUAAAGGAACACCAUCACUGGAGAAGAGAGCAAAUGUUGUUGUUGAGGUUAUGGAUUUAAAUGAUAAUGCUCCCUAUUUCAGUUUCCCUAAUGUUGACCCUUUCAGUCUUAAUGUCCACUACCAUCCCCACUCUGACCAGGAUAUCACAGUUGUUAGGGCCUCUGACAGAGACAGCCAACACAAUGCCUUCCUCACAUAUGAAAUACUCAGAGGUAAUGAGAAACACUUAUUUCAAAUGAACCAUCACUCUGGUGUCUUAUCUUUCUCUCGCUCACUUUACCAAAAUGAUGCUGGAUUCUAUGAACUGGAAUUAGGUGUGAAAGACAGUGGCAGUCCAGUUCUGUCAUCGACAACAACUUUGUCUUUGACUCUAACAGUUAGUAACACCACAUCAAAGAUAUUUAAGACUCCUUCAAAGACAACAACAGAAUCAAGUAAUGGUCUCCAAUUGAAUGUGAUGAUUGUUAUUGUUAUAGCAGCUGUGAUCGUAUCAGUUGUCAUAGUGAUCUCUAUAUCGAUCUGUAUAGUUCAUAGACUGAAGCAGACAGACAGCAACUAUAACAACAGUGUUGAUAUGUACCACAAGGUUACACCUGCAUUAAACGUCCAAUCAAAAUAUAUAUUUGAUCCCACUUGUGUUCUUCCUGGGAUUCAGUACACAUUGGAGGGAAAUGUAAAGAAAUCUCAACAACCAAUGGUAGACAGAGAAGAUAUUCACUGCAGAACCAUGCUAGGUAAUGGAUGGGAUAACUCAACAUUAAGACGUCAUCAGCAGAUGUUUGUUCCAAGAGAAGAAAGUAUGUCUCCAGGUUACAGAGAACUAAGCAGUGCUGACGAAACCAGCGAAAUGUCAAUCUUGUCUUCUCACACAGAUAGUAGUCAUGGCUGGAGUGUCGGUAGUGCUGGACAUUAUGAAACCCUGCCAGAUCUGUGUCGUUACCAAAUUGAACAUACAUGGAACAGGAGAAAACAGCUUCCACACACACUGGAUAGAUCGAGGGGAGAUAACAACAAUCAAUACCCUGGAUAUACUUACCAACCAAACAUUGAUUCUAACACAGUCUGUCAUCCUGACCAAAUACCUUUGAAUAUAACUGGUACCACAUCUAAGAUAACUGAACAACCAUCUACAACGCCAAUGACAAGUGUCUUUACUUCAAAUAAUAAACCACCUCUACCAGCUGUACCUAAAGUAACAACACUACCAAAGGUACCCUCAGUACUUCAGGUACCUGUUCUAUCUACACCAAACAACACCAUAGCAUUACAUUAACACUAAAAUAUUAUUGUCAUCAAUAAGGCAUUACUUGAUUAAACCUUAUUGAAACGGUUACUACCAUUAUUUUAAAGUAUUGAAUGAUAUUCCUGGGAAUUUAUCUUUGACAGAAAACAAGAGCCAUAUAUUUUACAAUUUGUAAACACAGGUGUGUGUGUAUAUAUACACACACACACUCGUGUUUACCAAUUCUGGAAUGUGUGUGAGAUAUAAUCCCGUUCAGUAAUAUUAUUCCUAAAUUCCAUUCCUGAUUGCUUUGUAUAACAGUUUUUAACAGUUACCUCCCUUGAUUAUUGUUUACCUU